AUGCUCAACAUGACUAAUGUUGUUUUCUAUGUGGCCCAUCAGUUGAUGAACGCAUACCCAUCGACGGCCAUUGCAUGGUUCACAGCAGGUUGCUACUACUACAUGAUCAAGAAGUACGAGCAUGCUCGGCGUUUCUUUCACAAGGCGCUCCGCUUCGACGGUCGCUUCGCACCCGCCUGGGUGGCCUAUGGCCACGCCUUCGCGCAGCAUGACGAGAGCGACCAAGCCCUGGCAGCGUCACUGGGGCCGACGGCUACAGCCGGGACCUGGGGACCUGCCAGUGUGGAACCAUGUUUGAUGCAUGUGACCUGA